AUGGGUCUUGAGACUCCGCUGGCGCCCAGCGACUGCACAGUGGCGCCUGCCAACGCCGUGGUGACGUUUGCUGUCAAUGGCCAGCCCGCCACUAACCUCACCUGCGCGCCAAGCGGCAGCUCUGUGACUGUGGUGGCGACGGCGGUGGUCCCCGACAAGCCGCAGUGCACCAACAGCACCACGUACCCAGUGCCCACAUCAGCAGACAACCCCACAAUCGUCUGUACGCCCCCGGUCUGCGACGCCCCUGGCGCAACCAAGCUGCUGGCGCCCAGCGACUGCACAGUGGUGCCUGCCAAUGCCGUUGUCACGUUUGCUGUCAACGGCCAGCCCGCCACUAACCUCACCUGCGCGCCAAGCGGCAGCUCUGUGACUGUGGUGGCGACGGCGGUGGUCCCUGGCAAGCCCCAGUGCACCAACAGCACGACCUACCCGGUCCCCACACCAACUGAUGUGUGCACGGCCACGUCACCCGCGCUCUUCUGUACGCCGCCGCCCUGCGACGCUGCGGACGCGACGGUGCAGCUCGCCCCCACCUGCACCGCCGCGCCUGCCAACGCCGCCAUCACUUACACUGUCAAUGGCCAGCCGGCCACCAGUGUCAAGUGCCCGGCGAGCGGCGUGACCGUGACGGUUGCAGUUACUGCAGUGAUCCCUGGUUCGCCAAACUGCAAAAACUCGACCACCUACAGCAUCAUCACUCGCACCAAUGACUGCCCGCCCAAGCCGACCAUCACCUGCUCUAAGGUCCCGGCCUGCACCAACGCCGGCGCCACCGUGCAGCUGGCCGGCAGCUGCUCGUCCAGCGACCCCAACGCGCAGCUUGUUUAUGUGAUCGACGGCCAGCAGGCGCUCACCGCCAAGUGCCCAGAGCCAGGGGCGUCCGUGCAGGUGCUGGUCAGGCCGACCUACCCCCUCAGGCAGGACUGCUGCUACAACGCGGAGCAGGGCUUCACCCUGACAAUCAUCCCGAAAUGCAUGGACUUCGGGCAGGUCAUCCCCCUGAAGGACGUCUGCACCACCAACAUCGUUGGCGCAACCGUGUCAUACCAAAUAAACGGCGUCACAGUGACAGAGAUCACCUGCCCUACCCAGGCCGGCAAGCCAUCCGUCGAGGUCACCCCAAUAAUCUCAGGCCCCAGCGGCUGCACCUACCCACCCACCCUCCCGUUCACGGUGCCAAGUCCCGAGUGCCCAGCCGCAGCCAACGUGCAGAUUGUGUGCACUGGCGUGCCCGUCUGCGAGUACGCCGGUCAGGAGCUGUCCCUGGCCGGGAAGUGCACAGUACCAACCGGAAAUUACGCAGGCGCACCCGUCUCGCUGUUCAAUGAGGCUGGAACAGCUGUCACCACCGUCACUUGCCCCUCCAUCGGCAACACGGUCACGCUGACUCCCACGGCCGUCAUCACCGGCACCCAGUGCAAAUACUUCGCGCCGCCCCUGCAGUUUGCGGCCUCGUGCCCCUCCCGGGACUCUGUCGUGUUCAACUGCACGCCCAUCGCCUGCCCCUACUCUGGGGGGUCCACGCGCCUCACCAACGCCUGCACGGUCAACCUGCCUGGCGCCGCUGUGACCUACACCGUGAACGGGAAGACGGCCGUCAAGGUCGACUGCCCAAACCCAGGAGCCACGACCACUGUGACAGCCUCUGUGGCUGAUUACCUCGGGGCGUGCGACUGCGACUACACAGGGCCCUCGUUCCCGGUCACGUCGACCUGCAAGGGCCCAAAGAACACCAACGACAUCACGUGCACCGCCCCCAAGUGUGUGCGCGUCGGCGCGGAUGUGCAGCUCGCGGGGGUCUGCUCGUCCUCCCUCGGACCCGUCAAGUACUACAACAAGGCUGGCAACGAGAUCACAUCGGUCAAGUGCCCGGCCAGCAACGGCAACCCUGUCAUCGUCAUCCCCAAGGCGGACUCUGGGGGCGGCAACUGCCCAGUCAAGGGGAAGAAGUUCAGCGUCGUCGGCCCCGCGUGCCCCGCGCCGAGCGUCGUCGACGUCAAGUGCACCCCCGUCACCUGCAAAACCGCCGGCGACAUUGUGUCCCUCGUCGGGACGUGCACCUCGGCCAUCAAGGGCGCCACGUUCGCGUGGUACGUCGAUGACGUCAAAUCCGACAGCGUCAAAUGCCCCGCGCCGGGCGACUCGGUGCAUGUCGAGCCUGCCCUGGAGUCGUGCUACGGCAUCCCCUCGUGCACUUACCCCUGUGCCGGCUACACGGUGACAAGCACCUGCCCAGCCAACUCUUCGGCGCUCUUCUCUUGCGGCGAGGCGUCCUGCUCGAAGCCGGGUGACAUCAUCAACCUCGACACUCUCUGCACCAACGAUCUGACCGGGUCAAAGCUGUCGUACACGGUUAACGGCGCGCCUGCGGCGGGCAACUACACAUGCCCUGCGAACGGCGCGGCGCUGACCAUUGUGCCGGCUGUGCUGGACUUUGGCGGCAACGCGGCGUGCGACUACUUUGGUUCGCCGAUCACGGUCACAUCGACAUGCUCGGCCUCUCAGCUGAACUGCCCGAACGUUGUCUGCCCUGUCGCGGGCGCCACCGUGCCGCUCGAGGGCGCCUGCACAACAUCUGUGCCUGGUGGCAAGAUCACUUAUAAGAUUGAUGAUAAGCGGGCCACGGCGUACACCUGCCCCCCACCCGGCGAUUCCUACGAUGUGGAGGCCCAGCUCAAGGCUCAGGGCUGCAGCAGCUGCGUCGACUUUUCUGUUUCAAGCAAGUGCUGGUCCCAGGCCCAGGCGCAGCCGAGCUGCAAGGACGUCUCCUGCAAGGCCGGAGAGACCGUCAACCUGGACAAAGCCUGCAAGUCACCGCUCUCCUGGUCUGGUGCCGUCUGGAGCUACGCGCCCGCGGGGCCCUACACCUGCCCGCCGGCCGGGCAGGUGCUGCAGGUCACGGCGACGCUGACGCUGACAUCAGCGACGCCGGGCGGCGGCAGCUGCCCCUACACGACCCAGGCAAAGAUUGUCAGCUCUGGUUGCCAGCCCGGGCAGUACAAGCACAAGAAGAACGGCUGCCAGCCCUGCGGCAUCGGCUACUACUGCCCCAACGGCGAGGAGCGGAUCCAGUGCAUCGACUCAGAGACCACCACAGUGGAGAAUGCCACCAACCCCGACGACUGCAAGGUCAUCGGAGAGUGCAACCCCUGCGGCGGCGACGGCGAGGGCGACUCGGGCGUUGUCUUUUUCACGACUGAGGAGUGA